AUGGGCCUGUGGAGGAGGCAGGAGACGCCCUCCACACUGUUUCUGUCUGACCCAGCUGUUUUGGAAAUGCUGGGGGCCUCCGUGAGUCGGGAAUGACACGACAGAGUGAGAUAAAGGUGGAAAGAGAGAGGUGUAUCUCCUCUGUCCUCUUCCAGCCGGUUGAAUUCCAGAGUUCUGUUUAUAGAACACAAUUGCCAUGGUUUCUGUUCUGACACCCUGGCUGCUGCCAUCUCUGUCUGUCUGCCUUCUGCCCUGUUCCCACAGGCAUUGUUCUGAGCUGGCUGUUUCUCCCUCCCUCCCCCAACCUUCAGUUUUUUGUGCAGCUGCAUUUGUUUUUAAAAUCAGCAAGGCUGAAAAACAGACACACCCCAUGUUCCAUACUGGGCAUGUUCUGUACCUAAGUUGGUACAACCGACACUAGUUUUGAACUGACAACAAAUUGCAUAACAAUGCUCUAAAGAAGAGUUGGAAAUACCAUACAGUUUCACCAUUUACAGUGCAUUCAGAAAGUAUUCAGACCCCUUGACUUUUUCCACAUUUUGUUACGUUACAGCCUUAUUCUAAAAUGGAUUCAAUUGUUUUUUUCCCUCAUCAAUCUACACACAAUACCCCAUAAUGACAAAGCAAAAACAGGUUUUUAGAAAUGUUUGCAAAUGUAUAAAAAUUAAAUAAAAAAAUAUCACAUUUACAUAAGUAUUUAGACCCUUUACUCAGUACUUUGUUGAAGCAUUACAGCAUCGAGUCUUCUUGGGUAUGAUGCUACAAGCUUGGCACACGUGUAUUUGUGGAGUUUCUCCCAUUCUUCUCUGCAGAUCCUCUCAAACUCUGUCAGGUUGGAUGGGGAGCAUCACUGCACAGCUAUUUUCAGGUCUGUCCAGAGAUGUUCGAUCGGGUUCAAGUCCGGGCUCUGGCUGGGCCACUCAAGGACAUUCAGAUACUUUUUUUUACAUUUUAGUCAUUUAGCAGACGCUCUUAUCCAGAGCGACUUACAGUUAGUGAGUGCAUACAUUUUUCAUACUGGCCCUCCGUGGGAAACGAACCCACAACCCUGGCGUUGCAAACGCCAUGCUCUACCAACUUAGCUACACGUUGUCUUGGCUGUGUGCUUAGGGUCGUUGUCCUGUUGGAAGGUGAACCUUUGUCCCAGUCUGAGGUCCUGAGCGCUCUGGAGCAGGUUUUCAUUAAGGAUCUCUCUGUACUUUGCUCUGUUAAUUUUUUCCUCGAUCCUGACUAGUCUCCCAGUCCCUGCCGCUGAAAAACAUCUCCACAUUAUGAUGCUGCCACCACCAUGCUUCACCGUAGGGAUGGUGCCAGGUUUUCCUUCAGACGUGACGCUUGGCAUUCAGGCCAAAGAGUUCAAUCUUGGUUUCAUCAGACCAGAGAAUCUUGUUUCUCAUGGUCUGAGAGUCCUUUAGGUGCCUUUUGGCAAAUUCCAAGCGGGCUGUCGUGCCUUUUACUGAGGAGUGGCUUCUGACUGGCCACUCUUCCAUAAAGGCCUGAUUGGUGGAAUGCUGCAGUGAUGGUUGUCCUUCUGGAAGGUUCUCCCAUCUCCACAGAGUAACUUCCCUGACCAAGGCCCUUCUCCCCCGAUUGCGCAGUUUGGCUGGGUGGCCAGCUCUAGGAAGAGUCUUGGUGGUUCCAAACUUCUUCCAUUUAAGAAUGAUGGAGGCCACUGUGUUCUUGGGGACCUUCAAUGCUACAUACAUUUUUUGGUACCCUUCCCCAGAUCUGUGCCUCGACACAAUCCUGUCUCGGAGCUCUACGGACAAUUCCUUCAACCUCAUGGCUUGGUUUUUGCUCUGACAUGCACUGUCAACUGUGGGACCUUUAUAUAGACAGUUGUGUGCCUUUCCAAAUCAUGUCCAAUCAAUUGAAUUUACAACAGGUGGACUCCAAUCAAGUUAUAGAAACAUCUCAAGGAUGAUCAAUGGAAACAGGAAGCACCUGAGCUCAAUUUCGAGUCUCAUAGCAAAGGGUCUGAAUACUGUUUUUUAUUUGUAAUACAUUUGUAAACAUUUGUAAAAAACCUGUUUUCGCUUUGUCAUUAUGGGGUAUUGUGUGUAGAUUUAGAUUUAUUUUAAAAAUCUAUUUUGGAAUAAGGCUGUAAUGUAACAAUGUGGAAAGAGUCAAGGGGUCUGAAUACUUUCCAAAUGCACUGUAUAUCAGCUCUUCAUUUGACAGCUGGACAAGGCUGGCUGUCUUUUAUGGCCUAUUAUGAAGUUGUUUUCUGCCUUGGCUUCAGAGUGUCCAAGGGGAGAGCAUUAAUCUGCCCUUUUAAAGCUCCAAACAGCAGUCACAGCCCAGCUACGGUCUCCAUGGAGACGCUUCGGAUGAGUCAUCCGUUUCAUAGAGAACAUUCCUGUGUUGGCCCGCUGGGAGCGGCCGGUAUCAAUCAUGCCUUACCUUUUGACCUCCAGUCCCGGGCACUAAUCAAAACAGGCCAUGUAUCUGACUGGACUUCCAUAAGACAGCCGUCAACAGGCAGGAAUGAGGGAGAUUAGUGGAAUAUAUUGUGACCUGAGGAAACACGUCAACAACAUUCAUUCUACAGACAGUUAUCAGAGGACAGAAAGGGCUGGGAAAGAUGGAUCACUACAGGCAUAACCUUUCAACUCAUUUUCCCUAACCCCGGGACCUUUUGUCUGCAUUACAAUGUUCCUCCACCAACAUUAUUUUUUAAAUAAACAACGAGUUGAGUUCACUUCGUGCCUGUGACAGCAGUGCGGGAUAUGUGGACUUCAUAACCUUGUUACACAAUGAAAAACAAAACGAUGCAUUUAUAGGCGUUUAAUCAUUCAACACACUGCCUCUAUGAAACUAGUUCCCCAUGUCUAUAGGCUGUAGCUGCUUUACCACUGAGUUGUAUACUACUACACAGUAAAGGUCUGUCUGAAUGGAAGUGGUCAUGUGUGUUUCUCCCUUCUCGUGCACAGAUUGAGCGGCGCAUGGAGAUUGUGCGCGUGGUGUCCCACAAUACACACAAGAGGAUGGUCACGUGUCUACAGGGCCACAUUGGUACCGACGCAGAGAAGAGACAUGUAAGUACAGAUAUUAUUAACAUUAUUCCUGGCCAAAUUGUCUGUGUCACUAGAGCCAAGAUUAGCAUAUAUUUAUGAUUUAUAUCCCAUUGAAUCUUCACCUAUCCCGAUUAUCACUAGUUUAUCCAACCCCCUUGAAAAUAAUGUUCUAUAUCAGCAAUUUGUGUUUGUUUUUGUUUACUUCUCAUGAUCCAACAUGUACAAUUGUGUCAAUGCCAGUCCGUACCACGCCUUUACACAGGAAAUGGUCAGGUAAAAACACACAUUUUACUUUCUCAUAGCUACAUUUCUGGCUCUGCUCAACCCUCCUUCCAUGCAUUUCAUUCCAGCUUUGAGAAUAGAAAGGAAUGAAAAGGCAUCAUACUGUAACUAGUUUUUCCAGUAUGUCAAAGCACUGUAGCUCUUAACACAGCAAUAACAGUAACGUCCUCAUUCUUUCUACUAUUCUUUAUUGUCCAACUUCAUGACAGUGGAAAUGGACUUUCCAUUGAUAAACCCUAAAAAGCUAAGCACAAGAAACCUUUUGACAUAUUAGAAUUAGUCAAUUGUUGGUGCCUCAGUUGGUAUCUAAUAAAUGUAUACAUCUCUCUCUUCCCUCUCUGUCUCUACACACACACCUCACAGAAAAAGCUUCCUCUGACGGCUCUGUCUCAAGCCAUGGUGGACGGUGGCAGUCAGCUGGGAGAGGAGUCUCUGAUUGGGUGAGUGAGGGUGAUUGACAGGUUAGACAACCAACCAUCUGUCUUACACAGGUUAUAUGGGCCAGAUGAACCCUAGAGAGAUGGAGAAUGUGGGGCUAUGUUUUCAGAGCUAACAAACUGCCCUAAUUAUUAUCAACUGUAUUUUCAGUGGUUUUUUGUUUUUGUGGAGGAUCAGAAAGUGUUUACUGUGGAUGUGUGUAUCCACAUAAUGAGGAUGUGUGCCAGACAAUUUCUCCAUUUAACAACACUAGCUACAUCGUUGCCUUGUUCGCAUGGUAAGACAGUGACAGAAAUGGACACUGAGACAAGAGGAUCUAGAAACUAUGACUGGAAACUAGCCAUCGAUUUACUGUUACUAACCAGUGUCCAUCCAACCUUUUUAUGAGCGCAAAGUACAUGUCGGAUAAAACAUUUUUUGACAGGCCUGAUGGAAACUGAACAUUUGUCGGUGAACUUUCCAAAUGUCAACAAAACAAAAUACGCUAGACAAGGUGGGAUCUUUUUGUGUUGGCAAAAUGUAAUUAUGAGAGAAAUGUCGGUUGAAAUGCUUUUAUGCACAAAUAUUGCUAUAAGAACUAUCAUGUCGAAGUAAACUUGGAGUCACGCGAUGACAUGUUGUGUCGUCCUCCCACUACGACUCGUCGGGAAAGCAUGCAGUUUAUUAGGCUACAGAUUAAAUAAAUUAUGAUGAACUUCACAGGGUGGUGAAAGUGCAAGGUGAUGAGCUUGAUGCUCAUUUCCAAUAAAUAUUGAGUGUCUUAUUCUGGUUACAUGAUCAUCGAUGCUUGGCUGCCAUUUGACAAAUAAAAAUGAUCUUGCUCUUUUGUCCCUAAUAAUCUCAUCAUGUAGUGAAAAUGCGAUGGAAACCCAUUUAACUUGUAUUUUUUAUUCGGUACAUGGGAAUUUAACCGCAAAAGGUAUAUUUAUGUGCAGUACGUCAUCACACAGCCUUUUAUCCGCAAUAAGUCAAUUUGAUGGAAACACAUCUUUGGUGGGAAAAUGUGCAUAUUGUUUUUAUGCGGAUUUUAGAAUGAAAAGCUGUCGCCAAUUAGAUGGAAACCUAGCUACUGUCUGCUUUUAGGAGGAAGUCCAUCUAUCUCAUUUGACACAUUGUGCAUGAUGUACAGUAUGUGUGGAUGAAGAAUUAUGAAUUUGAAAGGUAGUGCCAAAGGGGACUGGUGACGAAUGCGACAUGUAGAUGGCCCUUUCUGCUGUGAUCAGUCAUUAUUUAUAUUAUUUGAAGGAAAGUAAUGGUGUAACUGCUAAUCCCGAUGGCACUUCCUGUGGCGUCUGGAUGACCUGUGUGUGGGUCUCCUCCUGACAGGAAGAUGAUGGAGGUGUGUGGGGAGGCAGAGAACAGGCUGGCGUCAGAGCUGCUGCAGCACGAGGUCCAGAUAGAGAAGGACGUGCUAGACCCCCUCAACCAGCUAGCAGAGGUGAGUUGAAGGAGAUAUCUAGCUAGUGCCUUAUUUAAUCCAAACCUGUCUCAAGAGUAUCCAAUAUAUUAGUCAAAAUUCUUACUCCAACACAGCAUCAAAGAAUGAUUGAGUCAAUAUGUAUUUGGAAAAGCACCAUACGUUCUUAAUAUGCAUGUGAUCCAUCCAUAUUCUCAGGUGGACAUUCCCAACAUCUUGAAACAGAGGAAGCAGCUAGCCAGGCUAGUGCUGGACUACGAUUCUGCCAGAGCGAGGUGAGCCUAUGUACAUGUACAGUGCCUUGCAAAUGUAUUCAUCCCCCUUGGCGUUUUUCUUAUUUUGUUGCAUUACAACCUGUAAUUUAAAUUGAUUUUUAUUUGGAUUUCAUGUAAUGGACAUACACAAAAUAGUCCAAAUUGGUGAAGUGAAAUGAAAAAAAUUAGUUGUUUCAAAAAAUUCUAAAAAAUAAAUAACGGAAAAGUGGUGCGUGCAUAUGUAUUCACCCCCUUUGCUAUGAAGCCCCUAAAUGAGAUCUGGUGCAACCAAUUACCUUCAGAAGUCACAUAAUUAGUUAAAUAAAGUCCACCUGUGUGCAAUCUAAGUGUCACAUGAUCUGUCACAUGAUCUCAGUAUAUAUACACCUGUUCUGAAAGGCCCCAGAGUCUGCAACACCACUAAGCAAGGGGCACCACCAAGCAAGCAGCACCAUGAAGACCAAGGGGCUCUCCAAACAGGUCAGGGACAAAGUUGUGGAGAAGUACAGAUCAGGGUUGGGUUAUAAACAAAUAUCUGAAACUUUGAACAUCCCAUGGAGCACCAUUAAAUCCAUUAUUAAAAAUUGAGAGAAUAUGGCACCACAACAAACCUGCCAAGAGGGGGCCGCCCACCAAAACUCACGGACCAGGCAAGGACGGCAUUAAUCAGAGAGGCAACAAGAGACCGAAGAUGACCCUGAAGGAGCUGCAAAGCUCCACAGCGGAGAUUGGAGUAUCUGUCCAUAGGACCACUUUAAGCCGUACACUCCACAGAGCUGGGCUUUACGGAAGAGUGGCCAGAAAAAAGCCAUCGCUUAAAGAAAAAAAUAAGGAAACACGUUUGGUGUUCACCAAAAGGCAUGUGGGAGACUCCCCAUACAUAUGGAAGAAGGUACUCUGGUCAGAUGAGACUAAAAUUAAGCUUUUUGGCCAUCAAGGAAAACGCUAUGUCUGGCGCAAACCCAACACCUCUCAUCACCCCGUAAACACCAUCCCCACAGUGAAGCAUGGUGGUGGCAGCAUCAUGCUGUGGCGAUGUUUUUCAUUGGCAUGGACUGGGAAACUGGUCAGAAUUGAAGGAAUGAUGGAUGGCGCUAAAUACAGGGAAAUUCUUGAGGGAAACCUGUUUCAGUCUUCCAGAGAUUUGAGACUGGGACGGCGGUUCACCUUCCAGCAGGACAAUGACCCUAAGCAUACUACUAAAGCAACACUUGAGUGGUUUAAGGGGAAACAUUUAAAUGUCUUGGAAUGGCCUAGUCAAAGCCCAGACCUCAAUCCAAUUGAGAAUCUAUGUUAUGACUUAAAGAUUGCUGUACACCAGCGGAACCCAUCCAACUUGAAGGAGCUGGAGCAGUUUUGCCUUGAAGAAUGGGCAAAAAUCCCAGUGGCUAGAUGUGCCAAGCUUAUAGAGACAUACCCCAAGAGACUUGCAGCUGUAAUUGCUGCAAAAGGUGGAUUGACAAAGUAUUGACUUUGGGGGGGUGAAUAGUUAUUGUUUGUUUCACAAGAAAAUAUAUUUUGCAUCUUCAAAGUGGUAGGCAUGUUGUGUAAAUCAAAUGAUACAACCCCCCCAAAAAUCCAUUUUAAUUCCAGUUUGUAAGGCAACAAAAUAGGAAAAAUGCCAAGGGAGGUGAACACUUUUGCAAGCCACUGUAUCACCUUUAUUCAUGUUAUAUUGUGCUUAGUACAUGUUUUCUAAAGUUUAUAACAAGGUUCUAACCUGGUGUGUGUGGUCUACCCCUUCCAGGUGGUUGCAGGCAACCAAGUCAAUAAUCUCAGGAACAAACACGCAAGCACUGACGGCCAAGGCAGACCUGCUCAAAGAGGAGGUGGAUGAAGCUAUGAACAAAAUGGAACUCUGCAAGGUAAGUUUGCCGGACGUCCAUUCUGCUAUAUGAAUUUGGAUAAAUCACAGGCCUCAAUCCCAAAUGAAUGUUAACUGCUCGCAGAAGAGGAAGUGGAAAAUGGAAUGUUUUGACAGAAGAACAUAAGAGCAGAAGUGGACAUUCCAACCUCUGUGACGUUGUGGCUGCUUGCUUUAGGAACAAUGCCCAGUCAGCUGUGUGCAUGAGUGCCUGCGUGUGUGAGCAUUUUGUCUGUGUGUGUGUGUGUGUGCGCGCAUGCGUGCAUGUGGCGCCUCUGUGUGUGUUGCUGAUUCAGUGUAUUGUGUUUGUAUGGAGUGGUGUGUGUCAGAUCUUCUGUCCUGUGUGUUUUCCUUUCUCUGCUCUCCAAUCCUGUUCAGCCCUGCUACCCUACAGCUCUACCCAGGCCCUGUCAACAGCAGACAGAUUUUAGACACUGUGGAAGGCCUAAUGGCCAUACCCACUGCCAACACUAGCAGAGCAGCCACCUGAAAUACAUUGAUUUGAUUCUGAUAUAAUGGAGACCAGAGAGGUGGAUGGGUUUAGGUCGAUAAUAAAACAGGCAUAGUGAAAUUACUGUUGUUGUGAUGAUUUAUCAUUAAAUGGAUAACGUGUUGUUUUAAGUUUUAAAUGUAAGUUCUGAGAGUUGGUUCUUCUCUGUCAUCUGGUUGUAAUGAUCUCUUGUCUGUGCUCCUCUCUCUCAGGACCAACUGGCUGCAGACAUGUACAAUUUCUUCUCAAAGGAAGGGGACUAUGCCCGCUACUAUGUAAUGGUGGGUGUGUGUGUGUGUGUGUGUGUACGUGCGUGGGUGUGUGGGAAUGUUCACAGCUGUAGAUUGACUGGGUGAGCAGUUGAUUUUGUUUUUAGUCCUUCCUCUCAUUGUUGACUGACACACUCCCUCUCUCUCUCCCCUCCACAAUGUUAUGUUGUGUUCCCAGCUCUUAGAGGCCCAAGCUGAUUAUCAUAGAAAAUCUCUGACUGUGCUGGAGAGUGUCCUGCCAACCAUCCAAGCACAGCAAGGUACACUACACUCCUGCUCCCCCUCCAAACCCCUCACAGCCAGGUGCAGUACAACCCAGUCUUUUCUCCCUGUGCUGGUUGAACUUGCCCAGAAAUUAUCCUCCUCCAAUCCUAGCCUUAACCAUGAUGGAGGGAAACGCCAGUACUACUUCAAAUGUGUCUAGGGACAACUUCAUCGUACUCCCCCCUAAAACUUCUCACAGCAAGAAACAGUGCAUUCGGAAAGUAUUCAGAUCCCUUGACUUUUUCCACAAUUUGUUACAUUACAGCCUUAUUCUAAAAAUUGAUUCAAUUGUUUUUUUUCCCUCAUCAAUCUACACACCUACCCCAUAAUGACAAAGCAAAAACAGGUUUUUAGAAAGUUUAGCAAAUGAAUUGAAAAUUAAAAACCUAAAUAUCACAUUUACAUAAGUAUUCAGACCCUUUACUCAGUACUUUGUUGAAACACCUUUGGCAGCAAUUACAGCCUCGAGUCUUCUUGGGUAUGACGCUACAAGCUUGGCACACCAGUAUUUGUUGCGUUUCUCCCAUUCUUCUCUGCAGAUCCUCUCAAGCUCUGUCAGGUUGGAUGGGGAGCGUCGCUGCACAGCAAGAAUUUUUUCACUUUCACCCUUUUUUCUCCCCAAUUUCGUGAUAUCCGAAUGGUAGUUAGUCUUGUCCCAUCGCUGCAACUCCCCUACGGACUCAGGAGAGGCGAAGGUCGAGAGCCAUGUGUCCUCCGAAACAUGACCCUGCCAAGCCGCACUGCUUCUUGACACACUGCUCACGUUGUCAGCUUGCAGGUGCCCGGCCCGCCACAAGGAGUCGCUAGAGUGCGAUGGGACAAGGAAAUCCCGGCUGGUCAACCCCUCCCCCAACCCGGACGACGCUGGGCCAAUUGUGCACCGCCUCAUGGGUCUCCCGGUUAAGGCCGGCUGGGACCCUGGGAUCGAACCCGGGUCUGUAGUGACGCCAUAAGCACUGCGAUGCAGUGCCUUAGACCGCUGCGCCACUCCCUCAAUCCUGACUAGUCUCCCAGUCCCUGCCGCUGAAAAACAUCCCCACAGCAUGAUGCUGCCACCACCAUGCUUCACCGUAGGGAUGGUGCCAGGUUUCCUCCAGACGUGACGCUUUGCAUUCAGGCCAAAGAGUUCAAUCUUGGUUUCAUCAGACCAGAGAAUCUUUUCUCAUGGUCUGAGAGUUCUUUAGGUGCCUUUUGGCAAACUCCAAGCAGGCUGUCGUGCCUUUUUAUUGAGGAUUGGCUUCUAUCUGGCCACUCUACCAUAAAGGCCAGAUUGGUGGAGUGGAGUGGCUUCCGUCUGGCCUGAUUGGUGGAGUGCUGCAGAGAUGGUUGUCCUUCUGGAAGGUUCUCCCAUCUCCACAGAGGAGCUCUGGAGUUCUGUCAGAGUGACCAUCGGGGUCUUGGUCACCUCCCUGACCAAGGCCCUUCUCUCCCGAUUGCUCAGUUUGGCCAGGCGGCCAGCUCUAGGAAGAGUCUUGGUGGUUCCAAACUUCUCCCAUUUAAGAAUGAUGGAGGCCACUGUGUUCUUGGGGACCUUCAAUGCUGCAGACAUUUUUUGAUACCCUUUCCCUGAUCUGUGCCUGGACACAAUCCAUAUGGACAAUUCCUUUGACCUCAUGGCUUGGUUUUUGCUCUGACAUGCACUGUCAACUGUGGGAUCUUAUAUAGACAGGUAUGUGCCUUUCCAAAUCAUGUCCAAUCAAUUGAAUUUACCACAAGUGGACUCCAAUGAAGUUGAAGAAACAUCUCAAGGAUGAUCAAUGGAAACAGGAUUCACCUGAGCUCAAUUUCGAGUCUCAUAGCAAAGGGUCUGAAUACUUAUGUAAAUAAGGUAUUUCUGUUUUUUCAACAAACAAAAAAACUUUUCGCUUUGUCAUUAUUGAGUAUUGUGUGUAGGUUGAUGAGGAAAAGUGUUUAUUUAAUACAUUUUAGAAUAAGGCUGUAACGUAACAAAAUGUGGAAAAAGUCAAGGGGUCUGAAUACUUUACGAAUGCACUGUACAGACCAAUCCUCACAUCCUUUAAAAAAAAAACAAUUUUUCUCCCCACCCCCCUCUAGCCACAUAAAGGUUUAACUGAGCGUGAUACAGGAACUCUGUCCAUCAGUACAUUAACCAAAACAACUAAUUCCUAUAAUUUACAGUGUUAAAUAACACUGUGCGAACACAUUUUUUUGUUAACAAAUGUUUCAUUUUGUCGUUAUAAUAAGAUUGGUAGCAACGUGAAAAUCGUUGUGGAAGUCUUUUGCAGCUCAAGUCGACUACAAAACUCACAAUACAAUGCUCUCACUAUGGGCUAGCUAGCUAGCAAACGUAGCUGCACACAAUAAUACUGAAAUCAAUAUCAGCAUGUGAAGUUGCUAGUUAUCUGUAAAAUCGUUUAAACAAACUGCACUAUCAAUUUAGGAGUCUACAAUCUCACCAUGUUCAACCACAGAUCGUGUGCCUCGCAGAGUGGAUUCAUUCGCAACGGCCAUGCAACAGCAGCAUGCAAUGCAACUGUCACGGUUUCGGCCGAGGCGGCUCCUUCUCCUUGUUCGGGCAGGCUUCGGCGGUCGUCGUCUCCGGAGUACUAGCUGCCACCGUUCGAUGUUUCAUGUUAGAUUGGUUUUGUCUGUUUGUCACACCUGUUCAUUGUUAAGUGUUCAUUAGGCACCCUAUUUAGUUCUCUUGUGUUUGGUCAGGUGUUGUGUGUAAUUGUUCGAUGUCACGUGUUGUUGUUGGUCCGCUGUUCUGUGCUCUCUGUAUUUCGUUUUGUUUAAGAGAGUCCUGCACGUUGUGCGCAUUUACUUUGGACAUUCCAGUGUGCGUAUGUUUCGCCUGUGGCCUGUUGCCGUGUUGGCUUGUACUGUCGGACUUCACUAAAGACAUCUGUUCUUUGAAUCUCUGUGUCCUGCGUGUGAUUCCACGUUCCCUCUACACUCAACCCUGACAGCAACCUGGACUGAAGAGGCAGAAAAAUAGGAGAAAUGUGGUGGACCCUCUGCUAAUUUAUAAAUUUGUCGAGGUAGGAAUAUCACAAAAAUAUGAUCAAUGGCUCAUUCAAGAGAAAACAACCUCCCGCGUUAUGACAUCGGCCAGUAUUGAAAUCUGACAUGUAUGAUAGACGUUUUCGCAAUCUAAAAGUAAUCUACCGUACAAAAUAAUGAGAUACCAAACCCAUUCACAGGGUUGGUUAACUCUUCAGAUUCCUCGAGUCUCCACAGAAUUAGGUAAAUCCGCUUUUAGUUUUCACGCUCCACAUUUUUGGAAUCCCUUACAAAAUGAAUUACAUUUGAAUUCCCUGGUGCCACUAGGGCAGUUUAAAACCCUGAUGAUAAAUGAGUUCACCGAGGUGUGCAAUUGUUUUGAUUGAUUGAAUAACUUGUUUAUGAUGGCUGAUGUUCUAAUGUAACGUGCUUUUUAUUGUAUCUUCUUAUAUUUUUGUAUUUUUUACUUUAUGGUCUCAGGGCACCAUUCAAAGUGGUCUCAAUUGGACUACCCUGAUUUAAAUAAAAGUUCAUUUGUAAAAAAAUUAAAAUAAAAUGCUAUGUCAUACCAGCUGUAAUUCUGCCUGCGUAAACGGCAAGAGCUCAGAUACACAUGAAAACGAAAUGACCCUCAGGAUCGAUAGAACAUCAUUCAGAGAUGCCCAAAAACGAUAUAACAUUCAAAAUGGGUGAAUCUUUCCUUUAAUUUGAUGUCUAUUCAUUUAUUUCACCCUGCCGGCUAGUCUACAGCUGUUUGCAUCUUGUUGUUUUAUUUGUUAGGCCACUUCAAUCACUUAUAACUAUAUUAAAACGCCACAUCAACCGUCUCUCAGUCAAGGUAAAUGCUUAUUUUUCUCAAGGAUGGCUGAAUGCAACUGGCAGGCUGUGUCAAAUAGAGAAUGACUUAUUGUUUCUGUAGGACUGAAAAGGUUUACAGGGAAGCCAUUUAUUUUGGUAUCUCCACUCUCUCUUUUUAGUAUGGUCGUCCUCCCUCUCUCUUCUCCCUGUCUGUAAAGCUGUGUCCUGUAAACUUGUUUUUCUCUAGUAAACAGAACACAUUUGGUCUAAAUCAGACAGCCUUGCUCUCAGCAUGUAGGUUAUGAUGACUCAAAGUCAAACACUCCACACUAUUUACAGCUCACGUCAGACCUACCUGGGCUUUCCUUUCUACAGAGUGCACAGACACUCACCAACACAUACCAUGGAUGGAGACCAUUUGGUUAUUAGUUACACCUAGCUUUAUUGAAGGAGGGAGUGACUGAUGGUAGGCCAGAGGGGACAUUGUCGACCUAGAAAUCUACCAUUCACAGUCCCAGGCCUCCCAACCUCUCAUCCACACACUGCUCUUCCUGGGGUGACUACCUACCACCCUCUCUCGCUGCAGACCUGUAACAACUUCAAAUCAAAUUUGUAUUUGUCACAUGCGCCGAAUACAACAGGGUAGACCUUACAGUGAAAUGCUUACUUACAAGCCCUUAACCAACAAUGCAGUUUUAAGAAAAACUACUUUAGUGUUGUUACCACCAUGCUUAGUGCUACCGCUUUCUCUCUCUCCCGUCAGACUCGUGGACGGAGAAGCCUGCGUUUGGGACGGGGCUGGAGGAGCAUCUGAAGAGGAGUAGCAGAGAGAUCGCUCUGCCCUUAGAGGCCUGUGUCAUGAUGCUGCUGGAGACUGGCAUGAAGGAGGAGGUAGGGAGAUGGAGGGAAGCAUUGGAGAGAGAGGGGGAGAAAGGAGGGGGAUCAUAGUAAGUUGAGGACUAAGAUAUGUCAUUAUUGAUGGGUGAAUGGAAUACUAGGAUGGAUGAAAUGGAUUGAACCCAUGCAGUGGACCCAAACACGAAACAUAAAAUGCACUUAAAAACUGGUCCUAAACAUAAUUGAACCAAUCAAUUUGAAAUGUUUACAAACAUGAACAUGAGAAGAGACGGGACGAAAACAUUCAAAUCUGCUGCAAUUUUCUGAGUUAUUUUCACUUGUUAGAAAUGUCAGCAAUUAUGCUGUGAUUCCGAUUUAUUAGGAUGCUAUGUUUGUGUUUGCACGGUUUUAGAAUACAACAGAAUGUCUCUUGGUGGUCAUAAUAAAUCAGCUGUGUGUUUAUUCUUGCCUGUCUUUAGUUCUCACCACAUUGUUUGUCUUCCCAUUCAUUCUAUGGGUGAACACAACACAGUCAGUGUGGUGAGAAGAGAAGGACAGUUUGUUUGGGAGGAAGAGAGUAGAGGUGUUUGUGUGUGUGAGGUUCUGUGUGUGUGUGUUUGCGCGCAUGUGAGAGAGGUGAGUGAUGUGUGUUUGCAUUUGUGUGUGUGAAUGAGUACAUGGUUGGGUGUCUGUGUAGUUAUUAAAGGAGAAUUUUAGCUUUUUUACAACCAAAUCUCUAUUUUUGGAUUGAAUGGCAUGUUUAUUUUUUUGCGAUUUGUGGUGGAUAUUUUAAUCAGGCUUCGUGUUCUAAGAGUUCAGUUAUCCUUCCCCUUGCAGACAUUAUUUUAGUAUUUUCCUUCAACCAAAAAAGUCGGCGUCUUUUCUUGUCUAUCUUACUACGACGUUCUCCCAUUCUCACUCAAUUUCCUUUACAAUCAUUCCAUUUAUUUAAUUAUUUGUAUUUUAACAAUGUUGUUCAAACCUAUUUUAAAGUCUUACUUAAAUCCUAUCUACUGUUUUCUAUGAAAACAAAACACUUCACUCAGUCACCAGCCUAUUUCAUUUGACACAUAAUUAUCCCAUUUAUUUACUGCUCUCCUAUUUCUACCUAAUCUGUCACGGUUCUCUCUUCAAUACACACACUCAUUUUAUUGGUUAUUAAUCUUAUCCUUUACAGUCUAAGAAUUAACAAUCCACACUCUCCUCAUUCACACGGGAGGCUAUUCCUCCUGUCAAAAAGGUUAGUCAUUCACACUUAUUCUCUCAUACAGUGAGUGAGGGAAAAAAGUAUUUGAUCCCCUGCUGAUUUUGUACGUUUGCCCACUGACAAAGAAAUGAUCAGUCUAUAAUUUUAAUGGUAGGUUUAUUUGAACAGUGAGAGACAGAAUAUCAACAAAAAAAUCCAGAAAAACGCAUGUCAAAAAUGUUAUAAAUUGAUUUUCAUUUUAAUGAGGGAAAUAAGUAUUUGACCCCUCUGCAAAACAUGACUUAGUACUUGGUGGCAAAACCCUUGUUGGCAAUCACAGAGGUCAGACGUUUCUUGUAGUUGGCCACCAGGUUUGCACACAUCUCAGGAGGGAUUUUGUCCCACUCCUCUUUGCAGAUCUUCUCCAAGUCAUUAAGGUUUCGAGGCUGACGUUUGGCAACUCGAACCUUCAGCUCCCUCCACAGAUGUUUCUAUGGGAUUAAGGUCUGGAGGCUGGCUAGGCCACUCCAGGACCUUAAUGUGCUUCUUUUUGAGCCACUCCUUUGUUGCCUUGGCCGUGUGUUUUGGGUCAUUGUCAUGCUGGAAUACCAUCCACGACCCAUUUUCAAUGCCCUGGCUGAGGGAAGGAGGUUCUCACCCAAUAUUUGACGGUACAUGGCCCCGGCCAUUGUCCCUUUGAUGCGGUGAAGUUGUCCUGUCCCCUUAGCAGAAAAACACCCCCAAAGCAUAAUGUUUCCACCUCCAUGUUUGACGGUGGGGAUGGUGUUCUUGGGGUCAUAGGCAGCAUUCCUCCUCCUCCAAACACGGCGAGUUGAGUUGAUGCCGAAGAGCUCGAUUUUGGUCUCAUCUGACCACAACACUUUCACCCAGUUCUCCUCUGAAUCAUUCAGAUGUUCAUUGGCAAACUUCAGACGGGCAUGUAUAUGUGCUUUCUUGAGCAGGGGGACCUUGCGGGCGCUGCAGGAUUUCAGUCCUUCACGGCGUAGUGUGUUACCAAUUGUUUUCUUGGUGACAAUGGUCCCAGCUGCCUUGAGAUCAUUGACAAGAUCCUCCCGUGUAGUUCUGGGCUGAUUCCUCACCAUUCUCAUGAUCAUUGCAACUCAACGAGGUGAGAUCUUGCAUGGAGCCCCAGGCUGAGGGAGAUUGACAGGUCUUUUGUGUUUCUUCCAUUUGCGAAUAAUCGCACCAACUGUUGUCACCUUCUCACCAAGCUGCUUGGUGAUGGUCUUGUAGCCCAUUCCAGCCUUGUGUAGGUCUACAAUCUUGUCCCUAACAUCCUUGGAGAGCUCUUUGGUCUUGGCCAUGGUGGAGAGUUUGGAAUCUGAUUGAUUGCUUCUGUGGACAGGUGUCUUUUAUACAGGUAACAAGCUGACAUUAGGAGCACUCCCUUUAAGAGUGUGCUCCUAAUCUCAGCUCGUUACCUGUAUAAAAGACACCUGGGAGCCAGAAAUCUUUCUGAUUGAGAAGGGGUCAAAUACUUAUUUCUCUCAUUAAAAUGCAAAUCAAUUUAUAACAUUUUUGACAUGUGUUUUUCUGGAUUUUUUUGUUGUUAUUCUGUCUCUCACUGUUCAAAUAAACCUACCAUUAAAAUGAUAGAUUGAUCAUUUCUUUGUCAGUGGGCAAACGUACAAAAUCAGCAGGGGAUCAAAUACUUUGCAUGUUCAACACACCACUGUACAGUAUUCAACUCUCACUUCUCUAUACUCAUAGCUCUCAGGCUACAUAGACAUUUAUCCUAUGCCUACAAACAGUACUGCCAAUGCCAAAUCCCCUCUCUGGGAUUUAGGAUCCUUGUCACCUACUUUUAUUUUCACUACAAAUUCAUUUUUAAAUUGACUUACUGAAAUUCAGUGGGUUGUCAUGUUCAGAUUCGUGAAUGUGGUGUGUUCCCCCAGGCAGUCAUCAGUGGAAGUCUGGUCAGGGCGGGUCCACAUUGUCUUUGGUCGGACAGAUAUUUCCCUCACUCUCCCACGGAGAGUGCCACCGGUGUCUCCUUCGCAGACCUUCACUGAUGCUCUCCCCAGACAGAAUCACAUAUCCUCACAUUCGGAAAGAAAAAACAGUUAUAACGAAUUCCUUAGGGGGGUUUCUAAGUGUGUGUUAUCUUAUCAACUGGGAAGCAACUGUUUCUCCCUCAAAAUAUUGCUCUAUUAAUUUCUGCAAUGGCGGGUUUUGUACCCAGAUUCUAUUUUCCCUUACACUAACAAUCGUGGUCUGUCGAAUGUAUGUCUACCUGCUUCCCACCGGGUCCAUACCGUUCUGAGCAUCCACUAAUCAAUUUGGAACCUUCUAUAAUGUAUUGCUAGCCUAUCUUUAUGGUCUGCAAUUUCAACCUCAGGGUUUGUAUAAUAAUAAUAAUAAUAAUAAUAAUAAUAAUAAUAAUAAUAAUAUGCCAUUUAGCAGACGCUUUUAUCCAAAGCGACUUACAGUCAUGUGUGCAUACAUUUUUACAUAUGGGUGGUCCCGGGGAUCGAACCCACUACCCUGGCGUUACAAGUGCCAUGCUCUACCAAUUGAGCUACAGAGGACCUACACCUCACUAUAGUCAACUGUGGCAUUACCUUAUUUCUAUUUACAGUGGGAGAACAAGUAUUUGAUACACUGCCGAUUUUGCAGGUUUUCCUACUUACAAAGCAUGUAGAGGUCUGUCAUUUUUAUCAUAGGUACACUUCAACUGUGAGAGACGGAAUCUAAAACAAAAAUCCGGAAAAUCACAUUGUAUGGUUUUUAAGUAAUUAAUUUGCAUUUUAUUGCAUGACAUAAGUAUUUGAUCACCUACCAACCAGUAAGAAUUCCGGCUCUCACAGACCUGUUAGUUUUUCUUUUAAGAAGCCCUCCUGUUCUCCACUCAUUACCUGUAUUAACUGCACCUGUUUGAACUCGUUACCUGUAUAAAAGACACCUGUCCACACACUCAAUCAAACAGACUCCAACCUCUCCACAAUGGCCAAGACCAGAGAGCUGUGUAAGGACAUCAGGGAUAAAAUUGUAGACCUGCACAAGGCUGGGAUGGGCUACAGGACAAUAGGCAAGCAGCUUGGUGAGAAGGCAACAACUGUUGGCGCAAUUAUUAGAAAAUGGAAGAAGUUCAAGAUGACGGUCAAUCACCCUCGGUCUGGGGCUCCAUGCACAAGGGCACAUUUACGUCAUUUAGCAGACGCUCUUAUCCAGAGCGACUCACCAAUUGGUGCGUUCACCCUAUAGCCAGUAGGAUAACCACUUUACAAUUUGGGGGGGGGGGGGGGGGUAGAAGGAUUACUUUAUCCUAUCCCAGGUAUUCCUUAAAGAGGUGGGGUUUCAAAUGCCUCCGGAAGGUGGUGAGUGACUCCGCUGUCCUGGCGUCGUGAGGGAGCUUGUUCCACCAUUGGGGUGCCAGAGCAGCGAACAGUUUUGACUGGGCUGAGCGGGAACUAUGCUUCCGCAGAGGAAGGGGAGCCAGCAGGCCAGAGGUGGAUGAACGCAAUGCCCUCGUUUGGGUGUAGGGACUGAUCAGAGCCCGAAGGUACAGAGGUGCCGUUCCCCUCACUGCUCCAUAGGCAAGCACCAUGGUCUUGUAGCGGAUGCGAGCUUCAACUGGAAGCCAGUGGAGUGUGCGGAGGAGGGGGGUGACGUGAGAGAACUUGGGAAGGUUGAACACCAGACGGGCUGCGGCAUUCUGGAUGAUUGUAGGGGUUUAUGGCACAGGCAGGGAGGCCAGCCAACAGCGAGUUGCAGUAGUCCAGACGGGAGAUGACAAGUGCCUGGAUUAGGACCUGUGCCGCUUCCUGUGUAAGGCAGGUCGUACUCUCCGAAUGUUGUAGAGCAUAACCUGCAGGAGCGGGUCACCGCCUUGAUGUUGGCGGAGAACGACAGGGUGUUGUCCAGGGUCACGCCUAGGCUCUUCGCACUCUGGGAGGAGACACAGCGGAGUUGUCAACGUGAUGGCGAAUCAUGGAACGGCAGCCUUCCCCGGGAGGAAGAGCAGCUCCGUCUUGCCAGGGUUCAGCUUGAGUGGUGAUCCGUCAUCCAUACUGAUAUGUCUGCCAACAUGGCAAACUUCAGACGGGCCUGGACUGCGCUGGCUUGAGCAGGGGGACCUCACCUCGUGGGGCAUCAAUGAUCAAUGAUCAUGAGGAAGUGAGGGAUCAGCCCAGAACUACACGGCAGGACCUGGUCAAUGACCUGAAGAGAGCUGGGACAACAGUCUCAAAGAAAACCAUUAGUAACACACUACGCCGUCAUGGAUUAAAAUCCUGCAGCGCACGCAAGGUCCCCCUGCUCAAGCCAGCGCAUGUCCAGGCCCGUCUGAAGUAUGCCAAUGACCAUCUGGAUGAUCCAGAGGAGGAAUGGGAGAAGGUCAUGUGGUCUGAUGAGACAAAAAUAGAGCUUUUUGGUCUAAACUCCACUCGCGGUGUUUGGAGGAAGAAGAAGGAUGAGUACAACCCCAAGAACACCAUCCCAACCGUGAAGCAUUGAGGUGGAAACAUCAGUCUUUGGGGAUGCUUUUCUGCAAAGGGGACAGGACGACUGCACCGUAUUGAGGGGAGGAUGGAUGGGGCCAUGUAUCGCGAGAUCUUGGCCAACAACCUCCUUCCCUCAGUAAGAGCAUUGAAGAUGGGUCGUGGCUGGGUCUUCCAGCAUGACAACGACCCGAAACACACAGCCAGGGCAACUAAGGAGUGUCUCCGUAAGAAGCAUCUCAAGGUCCUGGAGUGGCCUAGCCAGUCUCCAGACCUGAACCCAAUAGAACAUCUUUGGAGGGAGCUGAAAGUCCGUAUUGCCCAGCAACAGCCCCAAAACCUGAAGGAUCUGGAGAAGGUCUGUAUGGAGGAGUGGGCCAAAAUCCCUGCUGCAGUGUGUGCAAACCUGGUCAAGACCUACAGCAGGGUUCUUCAAUUCCUGGAAGUUAAUUGCACUCACCUGGUGUCCCAUGUCUGAAUUAGCCCCUGAUUAGAAGGAGAGGAUGAAAAACAGAGGUGUUUCGGCCCUCCAGGACCGGAAUUGAAGAACCCUGACCUACAAGAAACGUAUGAUCUCUGUAAUUGCAAACAAAGGUUUCUGUACCAAAUAUUAAGUUCUGCUUUUCUGAUGUAUCAAAUACUUAUGUCAUGCAAUAAAAUGCAAAUUAAUUACUUAAAAAUCUUACAAUGUGAUUUUCUGGACUUUUGUUUUAGAUUCCAUCUCUCACAGUUGAAGUGUACCUAUGAUAAAAAUUACAGACCUCUACAUGCUUUGUAAGUAGGAAAACCUACAAAAUCGGCAGUGUAUCAAAUACUUGUUCUCCCCACUGUAACUCUUACUGAUCUAUUAGGGCUAUCUGUUGGCUGUGGACCUCAAUUCUACAAAAAUCAUUUCUAAAAUGGGGUUUGGUUUAAAACAAUCACAGGUGCACCUUACUAUUUUAUAGUUGUUUUCUACUAUAUAUAUAUAUAUAUAUAUAUAUAUAUUUUAUAACCUGCAGGAAUAUUUUCCCAUUUCUAUCUCAGGAGAUGUACAGGGAAACAUUCACAAUAACAUCUAACAAUAGUAACCCAGGGCAUACCUGUUUACCUCAUUAACAAAACAUUUGAUCAAUUACAUACACGUUAUAAUUUGAACUUCACCAAGUCAGAUGCCCUCGCAAGGUGUCACCUGCACUCUAGUUCUUCAUUCAAUACAUUAACCUCACCACUCCUACUGUGAUCAACCCAGUACUACCCCUGGACUUUUGGCAGCCCGCAACUGGCAAAUUAACAAUUAUGUCCAAGGAUACCUCCCUUAAGAACAUUCUUAUCAACUCAACAAAGUCCUGAUAGUUACCUCAGCUGUGGCCCUCUUAAGGAAGACCUCGCUCUGUUUUUAUUUUUUCUUAUCUUGUCAUCACUUAUUGAAAGAUUGUCCAAGCUCACCUCUCUCAGUAAUAUGUUCGGGAUCUGGCAUCCACCCGCCCCCGCUUCCUCUCAGAUCAUAGGCGGGUCCAGCUGCUCUACAGGAGCGUGGUUUUCCCUGUGGACAGUUUACCCAGAUCUUCAGGAGCGGUCAACAGGUGAAGUGCAGAUCCCAUCCUCGUCGCCAAAUGUGGUGGAUAUUUUAAUCAAUAAUGAGGAGAGACAAGGUCAAUCACCAAUCAGAAUAUUAACUUUAUUAAAAACGUAUCGAUAAGCGAGCUCAACAAGCAGGAAAUGCUGACGUCUUUUAUAGUGGACCUAAAAAUGCUUAGUCAUGGCUGGUUCCACCCCUCCCCGGCAGAUCAGGCGCGCUACCUUGUCUUCUUCUUGUGUCUUCUUCUUGUGGCUAUGUGUAUCGGGUCAUAGCGCACAAACAAGUGAAAACGUUAGUUCCGUUACUGCUCAUAUCUCCACACAACUGUGCUCUUGGAAGAGAAUAAAAGACGGGAUGAACUGUAAAACUGUGGUCACUCUGAGGCUCUUUGUCUCAUGCCGUGUGACCAGGUUACUCAGAAGCAACAAGAACUUGAAACAAUACAGGUCUAUCUAUUCCUCAAGUUUAUCUCUAUCCCAUGUCCUUGACUACACGCCCACAGCAGCUGCAGGGAGCUAGAGUGUUGCAGGUCUUUUAGAUGUUGUAGACAUACAAUUGUGUAAUUCUGAAAUGUAUCCGCAACGUUAUAUUCCAUUAUGUUUUUGCGACUUGAACGAUACCGCUCUGUCCAUUCUAGCAGCAGGCUACACAGUGGAACUGCUGGAUAGGGUAAACUGCUCGAGUCGUACAAAAUGGAAUAUAACGUUGCGGAUAAAGUUCGGAAUGACACAAUUUCAUGUGUACAACAUUUAAAACCUGUAUCACUAUACUGAGAGCGUUUCCGUUUCUAAAAGGACGUAUUUGGGUGUUUUUGGGGCAUUUGUUAAUGUUCUGUCAGAGCCCCCGUACUGCACAAUGAGGAUGAUGAAGUGUAUCGCUGGUUGGGGUAUGUAAAAAAACAAAACAAGUGAAAUCGCCAAAAAAGUGUCUGGACCCUUCUAGAACAUUGCAUUUACAUAAAACAGAUUUGGUUGUAAAAAAAGCAAACUUCUCCUUUUAAGCAUUGUUUGCGGACUGUGUGUCUGUCUCAUCAAUCGUGUCUCUGUGUUGUUGUAUCAGGGCCUGUUUAGGAUCGCAGCAGGGGCCUCUAAACUGAAGAAGCUCAAGGCUGCUCUGGACUGUUCCACGUCACAGCUGGAGGAGUUUUACUCAGACCCCCACGCUGUCGCUGGUAUGGUCCUAACCCCCACUCACGUUUUAUACAUGUUAACGUUUUAUACAUGUUUCAGCAAGUGUUUUCAAGUAAUAUAACUGAAAUGACUGUCAGACCAUUCCUCACAUAACUGUCCUUUGAUUCCAGGAGCCCUGAAGUCUUACCUGAGAGAACUGCCUGAACCUCUGAUGAGCUUCCAGCUUUACGACGAGUGGAUUCAGGCGUCUAAGUAAGCCACCACACACAGUCUUCUUCAAUAGCUGUAAAAGGAAGUGUAACCAAGUAAAGCAGUAAUAAAAUAAAGGAGAAGUAGUAGAAAUGAAGUUAAAAAAAGGAGUGACAUUAUGGCAACCAUGAAACAGGUCCGUGAUUGUCUCUCUGUCUCUCUGCCCAGUGUUUCAGAGCCAGACAAGCGUCUGCAGGCCCUAUGGGUUGUGUGUGAUCAACUACCGAAGAACAACAAAGCCAACCUAAGGUGGGUAACAGAUGGACUGGUUCACACAACUUUGCUUCACAAUAAAGAUGUGUGUAGUAUGAAGAUAUGUUACCCUGUUUCUUAGAAUCUAAUGUUUGCCUUACCUGUGCCUGUCUCUGUGUCCUGUGCUGUAGGUAUCUGGUGAAGUUCCUGUCCAAGCUGGCUCAGGACAGUGAUGUCAACAAGAUGACCCCUAGCAACAUCGCCAUUGUACUGGGACCAAACAUGCUGUGGGCCAAAACAGAGGGGUGAGAAAGGGGGAGAGAUAGGGGGAGUUACUUACUGUUCAAACUGGAAAAACAAAUGUUUAUGUUCACAAGUUGGUGUCAAAAUCGUGUAGUGUUUGUCUAUAACAUGUCUGCUCUCAUCUGUGCCUGCAGGACUCUAGCUGAGAUGGCUGCUGCUACCUCUGUUCACGUGGUGACCAUCAUAGAACCCAUCAUACAGCACGCUGACUGGUUCUUCCCUGAGGGUAUGUACAUAUGACCUUUGACCCUUCCGCUUUGACUGGGUCCAUAGGAGGGUGGUCCUUGGUCUCCUGUGUACAGGAUCAUGAACAAUGGAAGCUGGAAUGUCAUCAGAAUGCUCUUUCAGUGGUAUACAUCUGAUUCCCAGGCUACUCAAAAAUAUGGAUCUGUUUGUUUUUAAAUGGCGCCUAAAGGAAUUCUACUUGCCUGUUCUCCACCUUUGCACAGAUGUGGAGUUUAAUGUAUCGGGGAUGUUCGCCAUGCCCACCCCUCCUUCCAACCACUCAAUGGAGUACGACUGUUCCACCAUCGAGAGGAAGAGGCCUGGUAGCAUGGUGGGGCCAGAGAACGAUAUCCCUCGCAAGGACAGGUAACCAUCAACAGCAGCUAGGGCUGUUACUUACGGUGACCGUAUUACCGCCACACCGGCGGUCACGAGUCAUGAAGGCAGUCAAAUUCGAUGUGACCGCUUAGUCACGGUAAUUAGGCUUCUCCAAGCGCUGAUGCUGCUGAUGGUCAUUAGUAGCCUACCUAACUUGCUAACUGCCUGGUACUCAGCACUCUAUUGUCCCUCUAAUCACUCUGACAUCAAUGGAAAUGAAUUGAAAAUCAAACACUUCAUGAGAGCCCAUGAGCUCAUGUUGUGCAACAUUUCUAUAGGCUAUGCAAUUGCUUGAUAAAACAGAGUGAUGGCCUCUAUUAAAAGAGGAGGAUCCCAUCAGCUUUCUAUAGGCUAGGCCUAUAUUUAUUUCUCAACUUUCCUAAUAUUAAACACAUUGCUUCUCUUUACAACAGGAGUAUAGCCUACCUGGCUGGCACGAAAAUGAACCACAGGAAAAGCGUCCUCCAUUCGCUAUUUAAGUGCAUAGAUGACAUGUAUUUUUUCCCCUGCCCCUGUUUUGAGACAGGUGCAUGAUAAUGGUCCAUUCUAAAUCAAAACAAAUUUCACACAUAUAUUAUUUAGUGUAUGUAAAGACAAGAUUAAAUCAAGAGUAGUCUGAUGGGUGACAAUAUUAGCCUAUCACUUGUUAAUGAUAUAUUAUCACUUGUGAAUGAUGCGCAGCGUAAGGCAAGAAACAAUGCAUACCUUUUUUUUAGCGACUUUUUCCAAUCAUAGUAGCAUACCUCAUGUAGCCUAGCCCAUAGGCCUAUAUGUUCUGAUAAGGUUUGUAUCACAACUAAAGUGAUCAAAUAACUUAAAAUUAAGCACAUUAAUCCGCUUUACAACAGAUUUAGAGCCUAACUGGCAUACAUAUGCAGCGUGUGAGUUUCAAAUUUGGGAGAAGAUAAUUUUCACCAUAAAAAUGCACCAAUAAAAGCAUAACAUGCAUAAUCGCAUUUGCGGUCACUUUUGAUAAUGGUGUUUUCCCGCUAAUGGGACAUUCGCACUUAUAGCCUACUGCCGUGUGAGCAUUGCUGCGCUUAUAAUGUGAAGAAAUAGCCUAAUAGUUUAUCAACAUUUUAAGCUAAAUGUUGUGAUCUGUUGCGUCAGCCUCAUUGCGUAAAAAAGUUUUUUUUGAUGCUAGUGGUUGUAUUAAUUAGGGAUCUAUCACAUCCCACAACUGUCCCAGACUAUGUUUGGAAUAUUUAUUUCUCGCACAGAAUAGAAUAGGUCAACUUUUGUACAAUAGGGGAUAGUAGAUUGUGCUUUUGCUUUUGCUGUUCGUUAGGCCUACUCAUCUUGUUUGCCGAAAAGUAAAUGUGGACAGUUCUUCCAAUAUCUUCAAUAUGCGCCUUGGAAUUGGAUAAGGACACGCUCAGUUGCGUCCCCGAUGUGUCUGUUUUCACUUGUAGCCUGUGAGAAAGACCCGAUCACGUGACUGAGAGCCAUGUGAGUGAGAGGUGCUUUGGAGCAAGCAGCACACAGGGAGAAGGGAAUUAUAAUUAUUAUAUUCAGGCCAAGGGCACAACAGCCACUGGCCCAAAAGGCAUGGAUUUUUUUAGGGGGCAUUACGGCCACACAAAGGGGAUGCCGCCGGGAAAUUCGAGGCAUUAUCAAGUGCUUGUCAAAUUGUGAAUGAGAGACUGAUGAAGUGUGUACAGCCUGCGCAAAAAAACAAAGCAGAGCUCAUGCCUUUCAUGCUACUUUUUUCAAAUCAUCAUUAGUCGCAUCAUGCAGCCUUAGAAUGUAUUAAAAAUCAAAACAUAUAGCCCAACAUUUGUAUCACAACUAAAGUUACAUAAAUAACUCUAAAUUAAGCAUAUAGGAGUAGCUGUUUAUUUGUUAACCGUUUAACACAGAAUAGCUGCAUGUGUGUACUCCCUCAAAUCGUUUGGAGAAAAUAUCCUUUCUAUUUUAUUCAAUUGUAUUCUUCAUACUAUAAAAUACUACGGAAUUCUAAGCAAAUCUUGUGUGCUAAAUGAACUAGUGUAGCCCACAGCCAUAUGGCAUAGCCAGAUCAGUACGUAACAUAAGGACAACUCAGAGUAUGCUAUUCUGUUCUUCUGAAAUAGACUACAUUUUGUUCAUAUCAUGUUUCUUUAGACCUGUCUAAAAUAAAUAAUGGAUUUAUUGUGAAGGUGUAGACUAUAUUACAUGGAUUUAUGUAUGACUAUUUUAAAUGUAGAUGUUCCAAAGGUCUGCAUCAGUGGCUUGUAGGCAAUGCGUGGAAGCCAGAAGAUGCUAAAUGUGUUUAUUAACAGUCAGAAAAUUGUGUGACCGCCACAGCCCUAACAGCAGCACCCCAUCACUACUAGCUCCAUCCCUCUACUUGGAACUGCCAUGGGGUGAAAGGUCAAGGACAGAACCUAUACCUGCCAAUGCUCUGAGCUGAGGAUAUGCUAUUUAAAUCAAAAUGAUUUUCACUUGUAUAACUCAACCAUUAAUACAUUAAUUUACACUUUGAAUGUUUGGUUUGAUUGGUAGCUCUGCUGAUUAUCACUACUUACAUGGGGGUCUUUUUUAAGUGUAUUUCUGGAUGUCUUGUUUAGUGCUAUAGGCUUCUAGUUGCUUCUAGUUUAUCUUUGUGGCUUUAGACUACAAAUCUACAUAACAUCCCUUUUGACUAUUUGGUUUGGAGUAUCUCUCGCUCUCUUUCUCACGCUCUCUCUCUACAGUCGUGGUCAAAAGUUUUGAGAAUGACACAAAUACUAAUUUUCACAAAGUCUGCUGCCUCAGUUUUGAUGAUGGCAAUUUGCAUAUACUCCAGAAUGUCCUGAAGAGUGAUCAGAUGAAUUGCAAUUAAUUGCAAAGUCCCUCUGCCAUGAAAAUGAACUUAAUUCCCAAAGAACAUUUCCACCUGCAUUUCAGCCCUGCCACAAAAGGACCAGCUGCCAUCAUGUCAGUGAUUCUCUCGUUAACACAGGUGAGAGUGUUGACAAGGCUGGAGAUCGCUCUGUCAUGCUGUUUGAGUUAGAAUAACAGACUGGAAGCUUUAAAAGGAGGGUGGUGCUUGAAAUCAUUGUUCUUCCUCUGUUAACCAUUGUUACCUGCAAGGAAACACGUGCCGUCAUCAUUGCUUUGCACAAAAAGGGCUUCACAGGCAAGGAUAUUGCUGCUAGUAAGAUUGCACCUAAAUCAACCAUUUAUCGGAUCAUCAAGAACUUCAAGGAGAGAGGUUCAAUUGUUGUGAAGAAGCCGUCAGGGCGCCCAAGAAAGUCCAGCAAGCGCCAGGACCGUCUCCUAAAGUUGUUUCAGCUGCGGAAUCGGGGCACCACCAGUGCAGAGCUUGCUCAGGAAUGGCAGCAGGCAGGUGUGAGUGCAUCUGCACGCACAGUGAGGCGAAUACUUUUGGAGGAUGGCCUGGUGUCAAGAAGGGCAGCAAAGAAGCCACUUCUCUCCAGGAAAAACAUCAGGGACAGACUGAUAUUCUGCAAAAGGUACAGGGAUUGGACUGCUGAGGACUGGGGUAAAGUCAUUUUCUCUGAUGAAUCCCCUUUCCGAUUGUUUGGGGCAUCCGGAAAACCACUUGUCCGGAGAAGACAAGGUGAGCGCUACCAUCCGUCCUGUGUCAUGCCAACAGUAAAGCAUCCUGAGACCAUUCAUGUGUGGGGUUGCUUCUCAGCCAAGGGAGUGGGCUCACUCACAAUUUUGCCUAAGAACACAGCCAUGAAUAAAGAAUGGUACCAACACAUCCUCCGAGAGCAACUUCUCCCAACCAUCCAAGAACUGUUUGGUGACGACCAAUGCCUUUUCCAGCAUGAUGGAGCACCUUGCCAUAAGGCAAAAGUGAUAACUAAGUGGCUCGGGGAACAAAACAUCGAAAUAUUGGGUCCAUGGCCAGGAAACUCCCCAGACCUUAAUCCCAUUGAGAACUUGUGGACGAUCCUCAAGAGGCAGGUGGACAAACAAAAACCCACAAACUCCAAGCAUUGAUUAUGCAAGAAUGGACUGCCAUCAGUCAGGAUGUGGCUCAGAAGUUAAUUGACAGCAUGCCAGAGCAGAUUGCAGAGGUCUUGGAAAAAGAAGGGUCAACACUGCAAAUAUUGACUCUUUGCAUAAACUUAAUGUAAUUGUCAACUUAAUGUAAUUGUCAAUUGUCAACUUAAUGUAAUUGACACUUAUGGAAUGCUUGUAAUUAUACUUCAGUAUACCAUAGUAACAUCUGACAAAAAUAUCUAAAAACACUGAAGCAGCAAACUUUGUGAAGACCAAUACUUGUGUCAUUCUCAAAGCUUUUGACCACGACUAUACUCUGGGACUUGGUGAUUCUGUCCUGUCGCCCUGGUUUCUUUCUCAAUGUGGCUCUGCCGUCUGUCUGUCCUCUCUCCUCUCUGUAGUUUUGCUAACAAACUGUCGGACCAUAACACCGUCCCCCGUAGAGGCAGCAACACCUUAGGUAGAAAGCAGCAUGCUUCACCUGCCUUCCAGCCCCCCUUACCCCCGGUGGAGACCCCAGGGCCUGGGCAGGUCACAGGGUGCAUGGCUGAGCUCCAGGCCCCACUGGGGGGCAUGCCGUUGGAGGGCUGCCAGCCUAGCCUGGCACUGGGUAUGGCUGCCCUGGUGGCAGCGCAGCAGCUUCUAGCUACUACCGCUGAGGAACUCAGGUAAGGGUGUGUAGUGCACUGGGGAGCACAGACACGCAUGCCACUCCACUGCAUGGGAAGGAAAUACCCUUUUGCCUGCAACCUUUGAUGAUAAAUUGUUGAUAAGUGUGUGUGCACUGUUUAUGUUGUCACUGCUCUUGUACAAAUAUAUACGAUUUAUGGUAAUUUUAAUGCAAAAAAAAUUGUUUUAUUUGAGUGGAAAAUGACUACAGAGCAUAGAAAAUGUUGAAGUGACCACAUGGGUUUCUGCCUCACUUAUUAUUUUCCUAGAGUGUUUCUCUCACUGUCUAACUGCAUUUUCCUCAAACAACUAACAAGUAAUCAUUAUAAUAACACUGUGGGUACAUCUCCGUUCAGACCACUGGCUCUGUACAACAAUGGUUUGUGUGAGCCAGCCAUCCUCAGAGGGCCCUCCUCACGCCUCUGCUCUCAGGCUAGAACACAUGAAUCAGCAGAAAUGUUGUUUGGCCAUUAGUUCUGUCCUCUCAUUGAGCUUAUGUAACUUUUGAAGGAUGUUUAUGAAAGGAUUCCAUUCAAUCUCAGUUCCAGACUGUUCUAUUGAUCCAUUGGACAGAAUAUAGAAGGUAAACCGAAAACACCGCCCAGUGCAGUUAAGGACAAAAAGCUCACAGAACAGGCCUUCAAUUUCAUCGUGGACAUUUUCAUAGCACUACGCUAAAAUCUGAGUGCUGUACUUAAAUGAUGACCUCUGUCUGUCUGUUAAGCACCCCAAAGCGUGAACCCACCUCCACCCCGACCCUCCACCAGAGGAACGGUUCAGGAGGGGGCCACCCGAGCACAGCCAGCCCAGCUGUAGGAGGGGGAGCUGUGGGAGGCCCUGGGGCUGGAUCCAUGGGGCCCAGUCCACACAUGAUGCGCAGAGGUGAGACACCCACUCCUUAAAGCGAAUCAGCUCACCUUUAUUAGGUUGUUUGACAUUUAUUUUGAGCUAUAUGCAUUAUGGUAUCAUGAGGAAAUGUUAAUGAAGAACCUAUUAUUUUAUUUUUCAUUAGUAAGCCUCUUGUUACAAGGUAAUUUGCACUAGCAGUUAUAUUGUUACAUUUGACAUAGAUUUACAAGCAUGCUACACUGGAUGCGUAACUUUUUCAGAGUGUAAGACACUCCUAUUCAUUUGAAUGAAACCUGUGUGUAAGCAACGCAGCUCUGUAAGAGGCCUGCGCUGCUUAGCGUAAAAUUGCGCUCUGGUUCUAUUUUUAGGAAUUUAACGCGCGCCUCAUGCCGGAGAAAGUGGCUGGGGCUCUGCUCAGGCUGGCUAUAGUUACGAGUCCAGUGUAGCAGCUGAAAGCCCACUGUUUUUGUGACGCCCAGUAUAGCUCCCCUAUUAGACGUAGACAUGCAAUUUCAAGUAGCCUAAAAUAAAGUAUUUGUAGACAUAAGAUAUUUAGUCCACCUCUCUCCACUAUCCAGGUACAAAGAAGCCGGCCCCUGCCCCUCCCAAGCCGCACAACCCCCCUUCAGGCCAGCCCAGUAACCCCACCAACCAACACCCCUUCUCAGGCCAGGGCCAGGGCCAGUCCCUCAGCCCCUCUCCCAGACCCCUCUCCUCCUCAAGCCACUCUCCUACCUCCCCCACCCCCCAGGCCUCCACCACCCCCCGCCGGCAAUCAAGCAACCAGCCUCCCAUCCAGGCCCCCAACCACCCACCCCCACAGCCCCCCACACCCUCACAGUUCAGUCCCCCGCCCCACCCUAGGGCCCUCAGCCAGCCCACAGGAGACCACCCGGGGGCGGACCAGUCUCCUCCAGAUACCCCCACCCCACCUGACACCCCUCCGCCCUCCACCGCCCCCCAUGACAUACCCGGUGCCCAUCCUGGCUCCCCCUCGCCCUUUCAGUCAGGCUCCCUCCCCCGGCCGCGCCCCGUCCCCAAACCCAGAAACAGACCCAACAUCCCUCCUCCCCCUCAGCCCCCCACACAGGGAAAUGAUACCAACGGGAUCUGCAGCACAGCCUACAAAAUCAUGGGUGAGUCCAGUCAAGUGAUGCGUUAUUGUCCCAUGAAGGGAGAUUCAUUUGGCAACACGCCACAGAAAUACAUUCACAACAGUCUAUAAACAGACAGAACAGACAUCACAACAAUCCCUUCUUUCAGUUUAUAGUAUUGGUUCAGUAUUCAGUACCUCCUUUUGCUCUAGUGUUGAAAGUACAUUGACAAUGUUUUAUCUCUAAAAGUCCUGUGUCCACAGGUUAAGGAGCAUUUAUGAAAGGUUUGUCAGGUGAUACUUGCAUUUUGCAGCUCCUGUACUCCAUCCAUUUUUUUUGCAUUACUCCAUUACCACAACAUACUUUUAGAAACCUACCACUUGUGCCUGCUUUUCCAAUUGUUCCCAUUGGUCGUGAAUCAUCAUGACAUUCAACCUUCAUUAUUAAAUCAUUUAAAUGUCAGUAACAUUUUGAUGUGUGAUUUGCAAAGGACAUCUCUAAUGGUUGGUCUGUAAAUGAUGAAAGGAUACCGCAAACUAAAAACCGAUUUGAUUCAUCGAAUUGGCAGAAUAUACACUUUUUUAAAUUUGAUUGUGUCAGGAUGUCUUUUGCAAACCCUUCAAUUGCAUUUGUUCGCCCUCUCGAAAUGUUUUUUUUUUUUUUGUUAAGUCAUUGUUGUCAUCUUGAUUGGAAGACUUGGCCUUUACUAUUGUACAUCAACAUCAGAAUAUCAUUCUAGCAUGAUCAUAGCCUUUCAUACAUAUUAACUUUAGGCUAAACACACUGCAUGCCUAACGCCUAACUUGACUUGGAUGUGUUUUAGUUUGGCAACCCAACAGCAUCAGGUUUUAGUGUUCUGGUAUGCAUGGAACAGGAUUGUACUUAGGUGCAAGCCUUGGAUGCAUUUGAAGCAUGAGGCUCUCUUUAACUCAGUGCUGAUGAUGGCAGUAAUGUGGUUUGGAAUGUGGAUAGCGUUAGCAUGACUCUGUUCAAAAUAAAUCUGUUGUCUCAGCGUCAUCUCUGAUAUGCUACAUAGUGUGGCUGGCACUUAACGCUACUUGAUGGUGCACUGCUAUUUUCCUGUUUUGAUCUUUUAGCCAAUGGAAAAUGGUAAACAGUGGUAAUAGAUUGCAUAGGUUGAAGCCACUGUUUGGCUGUCAGAUCCUUCAGAUUAUUGUCUUGAAGGUAGUAGCAUGGGGGAUGUGAUGGUCUGUACUGGAGGUUGAAUUUGCAUUUUGCUUGUUUUUUUUUAAGCAUGUCAACCAUCCUUGCCAAAACAUACUAACAUUGAACACAAGUCACCUUUCGAUGAUUUUACAAUCCACUAUUUCGUUUUCCCCUUCAGGCAUUUCUACUAAUUUAAUUCUUAAUACUUUUACUUAGUUAAUCCACAAUAUUUAGCUAAAGGAUGAUUCUAUACAAUCACUCAACAAACAACUACAGCUUAGCAGACUUUUAACAUUAACAUUAACUCCUCAGUCAGCUGUAGCACUAACAUUUCACUAUGUCUCUGUCCUGUCCAGACCCAGUGCUGUCUCUCAAAGGGUUGACCCGAGCCUUCGUGCCCUGAGUUUGCUGUGGACCAGCAGCCAGUGACCGCCCCCUCCAUGGCCCCCAUGACGUCCGUGCCCCAGCCCAAAGAUUCAGACCUGGACACAGAGAGUACCGUCCUAUAAGGAAGAGGACUGGCAUUGGCUCUCUGUCCCCUCUCAAUCUCCUCUCCAGGUGUGGGUAGAAGUUGACCCUAACCACAGGUCCAGAUAUUAGUUUCAUCCCCUAAUGGUUAACUGUAGGACUAGGGGUAGGGUGAUCUGGUCCUAGACCUGUGGUUAGUGGCAACUUCUACCUCAAGCUCCCCUCAGAUCACCACACCUCUGCUGCUCUCUCCCAACUCCACCUCCCGGUGUCUUCCACACACUAAUUUUCCCAUCACCAUCACCCCCUUGGUCCGCACUACCCCAGCCCUGUUACAGCUACAACUUCAUACAAUCAACUCAACCACCCCAGUGGAACUACAGAACAGGACUCCCCCCUGGACACUCCCCACCAGGAAAUCGUAACUCUGUAGCACUGAUGAAGCUUUGUAGAUUUUUUGGGGAUGGUGCACAGCAAUAAAGAGGUUUGGAAUGGAAACUGUAUGCAUUUCCAUGGGAUGUUGCACCUUAAUAAGGGCCCCGGGCUGGAUUUCUAAGCUAACAUAUGGAAUUAUUUUAAGAUGCUUAAGGGACUGCUAGUAGAGUGGGUUGUUAACAGUGGACUGACAGACAACUUUGAUAUUGGUGUGAGGUGUGUUGUUCUUGAUGAUGUCCUUGAAAAAUACUAUUUGUAAAUGUAAAGCACAGCAAAUGUGGGUAAAAGUAGAAACCAAACAAAAUAAUAAUUAUUGCUGAAAUGUAGCUGGUCACUGCAGGUUUCCAGUCUCUCACACACUUAUACCUUUUUAUCCCUGUUUUUGUAUGAUACCCAUCCUUCGCUCUCUGUAUUUAUUUCCUAAAACACAUUCCUUGUAGCUUGAGUUAAUAAUCAUGCAGUUUUCUGAAGCAUGCCUUACUGGUUCCAUAACUCGUUGUAGCAGGGGUAGGUCUAUAUACUUUCAGUAUACAUGCUGAUCCUCUUGGCUUGUAGGUGCCUUCCUAACCUUCUGUGUUUACGCCGAUGUUGCUGGGGCAUUAAAGUGCCAGUUCCUGUAUAAGUGAAUGUAGGAAAGGACUGUUUUAAGUGCUUAUACUGUAGCUACCUUGUCAUCUGACUAGUGAAUUACUUCAACAGUUGAUAUUGCACUUGAACCAAGUCUAAACCCCACAAGCGCUUGCUUUCCAGUGAACAGGUGUCUAUAUGGAAGAUCAUUCUGCUCUACCUUUUCCACUGAGCUGGGUUUUACACACAAACCAAUGUAACAACCUAGUAGUGAGGUGGUGUUGGAUUCUAGACCAGAAAAGCUUCAUUAUCUUUUCUUUUUAUACACGUUGCUUUUUCCUUGAAUAUAAUGCAGGGUUGUGCUCCUAGAGAACAGACCCUGAAUGGUAUCAACUAAAGGGCACAUAUCUGGAGGCUUCAGUUGCCCUGAAAACAUGUUCAGUAUUUGUACUGCUUUUCAGAGAGAAUCAUCAUCCAUGUAGUCUUGCUGAGAUUCCCUUCUAUCUCUUAUUAUUAUUAUUUUCCUUUAACUUGCUGCCUUAUCCUUCUGCAGAAAGAGUACCUUGUUUUCGAGGCUCUGAACAAAUGGCAUUAAACUACAAUUGUUAAAGCUGCGUUUUGAGCUCGGCUAGUUUUGUAUGCAGACUGAGCUUAAACAAUAAAUAAAUCAAAGGUAAAAUGACUGCUUGGUUAUACUCCCUUUCCGAAUAAAAUAAAGUAAAUGAAGAAGAAA